ACUUUUUUCAAAACGUAUGAAUCUCUGGGGCAAAGGGAUACAUUUUUAAACUUAUACAUUAUAAAAUUGAUAAACAAACGUGUUCGAUAUAAUAUAUUUUUAACAAUUUUAUCAAUUAGUGGUCUGUUUAAGAUGGUUCCAUUUGAAAGAGUAUUAAAUAAGAACUUUGCUGCUAAAACAUGGUAUAAAAUUACACACUCUUUUUAUGUUGAGUUGGUAUUUCUUAUAGCUCACCAAUUAAGUAAAAAGGGUGGAUUUUAGUCAAUAAGAUGGACAUAUUUGACAAUUUGUUUUUAAAUGCUUCAGAGUUUAUUAAAGAUCGCUUAUAUUUCGUUACAUUGAAUACACUAUUGGAACCUAAAUCGACACAGAGAGUACAUUAUUUUAGUAUACAUAAAGAAUUAAAAUAUGAUAGUUUCUACAGGGAUUUUGGACCACUCAACUUGGCUAUGCUCUAUCAUUAUUGUGUGAAAUUGAAAAGGAAAUUAAAUAAUGUGUCAUUCCAAAAUAAGAAAAUUGUGCAUUACACAAGAGAUUUCACUGAUGCAGAUAGAGAAAAAACUGUCAACGCAGCAUUUUUAAUUGGAGCAUAUUCUAUAAUUUACUUGAAUUACUACCCAGAACAAGCAUAUGAAGUAUUAAGUCAGCACUCUACAAGAGAAUAUUUAAAAUUUAGAGAUGCUUCUAUAGGCGAACCAUAUACAUUAAGCCUGUUAGAUUGUUUGAAGGCUGUUAAAAAAGCUUUGGAUCAUGGUUUUUUCAACUUUGAUAGCUUUGAUUUUUUGGAGUAUGAGCACUAUGAAAAAGUUGAAAAUGGGGAUUUUAAUUGGAUAGUUCCUAAAAAAUUCAUAGCAUUUUGUGGACCUCAGGAUAGAACUAGUUACAGUAUAGGUGAUCACAAACCCGAGACAUAUUUUACUUAUUUCAGAAGACAUAAAGUGUCUACAAUUGUGAGAUUGAACAAGAAAGCUUAUGAUUCAAACUCUUUUAUUCAAGCUGGAUUUGACCACAAAGAUUUGUAUUUUGUUGAUGGAGGUACUCCAAGUGAUAGGAUAUUACAACUUUUCAUUGGUAUUUGUGAAAAUGCUAAAGGUGCUGUAGCAGUACAUUGUAAAGCUGGAUUAGGACGCACAGGUUCAUUAAUAGCGUGUUAUAUCAUGAAGCAUUAUAAGUUUACAGCAGAAGAAGCUAUAGCAUGGAUUAGAAUAUGUCGUCCCGGUUCCAUUAUAGGUCACCAACAAAGUUGGCUUCAGGAGAAACAAAAGCCAAUGUGGGAUGCUGGUGAAGCAUAUAGAAAAAAACAUGGUAUCUCCCUACCAAUCAAACAUACAACAGGGAUAUAUAGUCUAUCUGACAGUAAAAAAGGAAAAAAUCAAGAUAAUGUUACAAGGAUUGUAAAAAAAGUUGAUAAUAUGGAAAUCCAUGAUUCCGAGGAAGAAUGUGAAGAGAAUAGGGUUAGUCAAGGAGACAAACUGAAUAAAAUUAAAGUACAGAGAUCUAGAAUAAAGCCUCUCGUCAGCACUCAGACUGUUCGAAGAAUUAAUGUGUCCUCAAUCUCCCCAGCAACUCAAACUGUCUUAAGAACUGGCAAAGUCAUAAGCAAUUCACUCACCAAAACAGCAGGAUCAGCAAAUAAUCGUAUAGUGCCUAAAAGAGCUGAUAGCCAACCCGUCAAACGAACUACAGCAAGGAGACUAAUUUCACCAAUUUCUACGACCGCUACAGAAUCAUUGAAGGCUGGUGAAAAACGACAGGCUCCCAAGAAGCGACUCGCCCACCAGAAUGGCGUUCCAUUAAAAAGCGUCACCCCCGACGACUUGAAGAGCCAAAUUAAACGAGGUAAGAGAACAUUAGUAGCUGAAAAAGACAACCAGAAGACCAGGAGAUCACUUAAGGUCCUGCGGAGGUCGCAUUUGGUAGGAUUAAACUUUAAAGAUGGUGAGAAAUCAGAUAUUAAGCUACGUUUGCCAUCAGUCAAGGCUAACAAAACAUUGUAAUAUGUGUUUAAAAGAUAGUUCAAAGCUCAUUUUCAAUAUAUUUAGUUUUUUAAACCAUACUCCAAUGUGCGUUUUGUGUGAAAAUCUUCGAACUGGAAGAUUUGUUAUUAAUGUGGAUUUCUUGUUUUUGCAAGAAUUUUUAAAGUGUAUGCUUCAGUAAAUUUGAACUUCUUACUUAAAUAACAGCUCAUAGUUUAUUUGUUUGUAACACUGAAUUUUUCAAACCGGGAAAAAAUCAUUUUUUGGUAUAGAUUUUUUGGCCAUAUUUAGAACAGACAUAUUUGGUUGGAUAAUAAUAUCCAACCAUAUUUUGUUACAAUAUAUCCGAUCCUAUGGUUUCUAUACCGUCCAUCAUUUGACUGAGGAUCACUGUCGUCAAUGUUCUCACUGGUGCAGUCUACGACAACAUUGGGAGGCAGGUUGGCAUAAGAUUUUAUUCAUAGAUUUUGCUGUUAAAAGGUAUGUGCACACAUAUUUUUAUUCGAGGCAUGACAACUGGAUGUUUUGUUGAUGGUGUCUCACACAACAAUGAUGUCCACAUAUUGCACGCGAACUAUGGAAUUACUCAAGCAAGCUGCCGUUAAUAUUUCGCAGUGAUCGUCUCGGUGACCUGGUUUGAAUCUCAUCGAACUGGUAUGAAAUAUUUGGAAAAGUAAUCGCAAACACGUUAUUCAUGUGAAUACAUGAAGUACAUGUGAAUAAGAUUUCUUGCAAAUGUUAUCAAUUCCUUUUUGAGGUAAUGUUAUCACAUUACUAAAAUAUCAAGGUUGAUCAAUUGUGCCUUUUGCUGUAACACUUCUAUGUUUAAAUAAAAUUUAACAGAAAAUUAUGGAAACCAAGUAAAGGGUUCUACAUAAAUUAUGUUGUAGAACAGUCUCAUUUUGAGUAACUCAUUCUUGUGCUUUCAGCUUUUGAUGAGAACAAAUUAGUUAUAUCACUCAUAUGAAUUUUUUUAAUGAAAUUUUGUGAAAUUUGAACUUAUUUCCUCCCACAUAUUUGUUGUCUAGGAAAAAUUAAUUUAUGAAAAUUAAUUCAUUCAUAUUUGUUUCAACAAGUCUCAUUCGGCUCAUGUGCUUAAUUAAAUUUGCCUAAUCCUGAUAAUUGCAAUUUAUGAGAAAUCUUAAUUCCUUUGAUUCUUUUCUUACAUUUAGUAAAAUAAUUGAAUCAAUUCAUUUUAACGAAUCAUCUGUACUACACUACAAAUGUGCUACAAAUGCGUCGUCAUUUUGUACUUGCUCAACUUAUUCUGGACAAGAAUAUUUUUAUUGUUGAUAAUCUUGGUCAAUUACGUUGAAGAAUUGAGAAUAAAUGAGUUGAACAAUAACUUUUUAUUUUUUUACUUGACGUUUUUAUAUUUUGAUAUGUUUAAGCUAUGUGAUAAUAAUUAGAUACUUCUCAUUACACUGUAGAAAAAAUAAAUGAAUAAAAUAUUAUAAGAGCUGUUGAUUAAAUAAUAGUUUAUUGCAGUAUCCACUUAUACUUUAAUAUAUUUAUCAAUUAUACACAUUUUAGAUUAUAAUUUGUUGUUUAUAUUUGUACAAAAAAUAGUUUUGUUACAUGUAAUUUAUUGUAUACCAUAUUCUAUAAUAGCACUUCAGAUAGUUUCUUACUAUUUUGUUCACAAUAUAAGGACAAACACAAAAUUCGGGUUUUGUUUGUUUAAAUUGAGUGAAUAUAACUGAAUGCUUUUUAUGACGUCAGAGGAAAAAAUAUAAAAAUAGAUUAGAAAUUGUAUUUUCUCUUGAAUUUUAUUAUAUAUUAAUAUUUUAAUACAAAACUGAGAUAUUAUUUGAAUAAUAGUUUAUUGUAGCAUCCGCUAUAUUUUAUCGAAUUAUUAGCUAUAUACAUUUUAAAUUGCAAUCCACAAUUUAUUGUUUAUAUUUGUACAGAAAUUACUUUUAUUGUCAUAAUUUAUUGUAUACCUUAUUGGCGAGUUUUUACAUGCAUUUUUUACUAUAAUAAAAAUAAUUCUUUCAGAUUCCAGUUUUCCUUGGACAAUUGAAAAUUUAAGUUGUAUAUUCACGGUAGUUCGUUUACUCAUUAUUUGAUGACAUGGUGUAUCAAAAAAUUCAGUUUAUAGGAUUGCUGCAAAAUAACCAUGUAUUUUCAAAAACCGAUUUAUUCAAAAGUAUUAAACAAUAUUGAUGUGUAUUUAAAUGUUGUCCUUAAUUUAUCUCCAAAUGGAGAAGUCACUCGGCUGUAAAACUGUCGACCGGAGAGGUCAUUAUUAUCAACAUGGCCAAUAUAGUGAUGCAAAGUUGAUAAUUCGGAUGAAACAGUACUAUCUUUUUGAAAGAACGUGUAGAGUGUAUAAUAGGUUUCGGAAGUUGGAGGUGAAAAAAUCAAAACCAGCCUGGUCUCUUAAUACACACUUUAAUAUUCUGUCAUUGUUCUAACAACAUUCUGUAUUGUUGGGCGUCCUACCUUCAACUAUUUAAAAACAGUCUAUCCAUUUUCACCCGCGAGGCGAGGCGGUAACUAAAUUUUUUAAUAUUAUCUUUAAAAAAGCUGCUCUAGAUUCGGUGCUUAUUUAUUACUUAUUCUUACUUUGCAUUUAUCAUUAUAUGUUGAUAAUUAAUAAUUUACUAGUUAUUAACAUAUAUGGUACUUACCAUUCCGAACGUUUCGCAUAUUCUGGGACGUAGAACCUAUUUUCUCGCUUCCUCUGCACUAGUUUAAUAUAGAAUUAACCUCCAAAUUUUAAAAAUCACUAGAAUCGUCGAUAAUAUUCUCGCUUCACUUUCUCAUGUGCUACUUAAUCUUCCAAGUUAACUUAAACUGAACUAGUGCUGCUGUGCCGUUCAUAUUUUGCUCUAUUUAUCAAUCAUAUUUGUAUGUAUAUUUUCAAAUAAAUCGAAUUUUUAAAAUGAAUGGUUUCUGUAAACAGUUUGGCAUCAUAUGCUUAAACUGUGACUACAUAUAUUUUAACUUAUUUAAAAUAAUAUGUGCAAUAUUGAUAUCUGUGAUUCACAUAUAGACAUUAUUUAUUUGUGACCACUUAAUGAACAAAGAACAAUUUCAUGGUCUAGAAGUACCCUAAGGCGUAUGUUACAAAAUAAAGUAACAAAGACAUGAAAUGCUUUUAAUCUGGAAAUUGUAAUUAGAUUCUAAUUUAGUUAGGCGCUCAGCAAUUUAGUUAUGAAACACAAUCCAUGGGUUGAAGUAAGCAUUUGUUUACUAAGUGUGUCAUCCCGCGCAGCUUUCCAGGACAUCCUCUCAAACACCCUUGACAG